GGCCGUGAUUGACAGUUGGCAGACGACUGCGGAACGCGCAGGUUCUCCGCACGCGCUCCGGAUCUUCUCACGGCGCAGCAGCAGUAACAAAGCCUGCUCAUGCUCAUGAUUCGGAUCUCCAGGUGCAGCACGUGGAGGCGCCGCGUGUGAUGUGACCACGACGACUGCGAUAAAUAUUUUAAAAGACGCGAGUGAAUCUGUGACCUGGGCCCGGGCCCGUUUAUAUGUGCAGUGCAGUGGAUUGUGACUCGGUAUAACGGUGGCCCAACACGCAGACUACCCUGGUGCGACCGGCAGGGCUUUCAUGGCUCAGCCACGGUAUGACGAAGGAAUUCAUCCCGGAUAUAUGGACGGCGGUGCGGCGGCGGCGGGUGGGCUUUAUGAGCCCCACGUAGCCCACCGACCUACGCUACAAAGUCUUCACCAUUCCCCACAUUUAAAUCACGGUAUGCAUCCUUAUCAUGCGAACCAUGUUAAUCCCGCCGCUAACCAUGUUAUGGGAGGUGCAGUACCAGACGUUGGUAAAAGGGACAAGGACGCAAUCUAUGGGCACCCGUUAUUUCCCUUGCUAGCACUCAUCUUCGAGAAGUGCGAGCUAGCAACAUGCACGCCCCGCGAGCCGGGGGUCGCGGGGGGAGACGUGUGCUCCUCGGAAUCCUUCAACGAAGACAUCGCCGUCUUCUCCAAACAGGUACGGCAGUGCUCCACUUUACUGUCUAGAAAAUCCGACUAUACAGACACGAUAAGACAAGAAAAACCUUAUUAUAUAGCAGAUCCAGAAGUAGAUUCAUUGAUGGUACAAGCUAUACAAGUACUUCGGUUUCAUCUCCUGGAAUUAGAAAAGGUACACGAACUCUGUGACAACUUCUGCCAUAGGUAUAUAAGUUGUCUAAAAGGAAAAAUGCCCAUAGACUUAGUAAUAGAUGAAAGGGACGCUGGAAAACCACCCGAACCCAUUGGUACCCCUGCAAAUGGCGACGGUGGUACUCGUAGUACAGCAGACUCCACAUCGCAUACGGAUGGAGCCAGCACACCUGAUGUCAGACCGCCUUCGUCGACGAUGUCGUACGGGGGACCUGUGAACGACGACGUGCGGUCACCAGGAACACCAGGACCUCUUUCACAAGCGCCCGGUUCGCAACAAAGUCUAGAUGCCUCGGAUCCAGAUGCCAUUGGCAAGUGGUGUCCGAGGCGGGAAUGGUCGACUCCUCCAGACGCUCGAGCGGCGAAUGAUGCCGCAAGAAGAGGCGUCCUCUACUCGUCCGUCUUCCUCGGAAGUCCGGGUGACGCGAGUAACGCAAGCGUGGGUAGCGGAGAGGGUACCGGCGAGGAAGACGACGACACCAAUGGCAAAAAGAAUCAAAAGAAACGGGGGAUAUUUCCAAAAGUAGCAACCAACAUAUUAAGAGCGUGGCUUUUUCAACACUUAACGCAUCCGUACCCCUCGGAAGACCAGAAAAAACAGCUAGCCCAGGAUACUGGAUUAACGAUAUUACAAGUAAAUAAUUGGUUUAUCAACGCACGACGGAGGAUAGUCCAGCCUAUGAUCGAUCAAUCGAAUAGGGCAGUUUUUUCUCCACACGCAGGACCUAGUGGUGCGUAUAGUCCGGAUGCUACAAUGGGUUACAUGAUGGAUGGGCAACAAAUGAUGCACCGGCCGCCUGGAGAUCCCGCCUUCCACAAUCAGUACGCGCACUAUCCAGCAGAGUACUACGGUCACCAUCUGUGAGGUCACAUGAAUACAACGACAAUGAACAUUGAAAUACGCAACUUUUAAAUGUGAUUAUUCUUUGUACAAAAUGUAAAUGUAGUGCCCCAGUGUUUAGUUGACGGAAAGGAUUUGUACAAAAGUAUUAAGUGCAUAGACAACAACUCGUGCGUUGAUUGUAUAUAAAAGGUGCGAGCCGGCCCCGAAGCGGCCAUGGACUCUUUAAUAAUGUGUAUACACUGUACAUGAAGACUCUGGGACAACCCGCCUUUAAGUGAUGUGGUAUCGUAGCUUAGAUCUCUCGAUGUUACCUCCUCACCACCACGUCCGUUCGAUGCGAUCGUACGUUGGAAAUCGCCCCUCUCAUCUUCGAUGUGUCGUGGCCAUGCCGCAACAGACGAUCGUGACGACAUCCAUUUAUCCUCGGUCCUUCUAAUUCUGCCGAAUCGACUUAUUUAAAACAUCUUUGCGUACAAAAAUAUUUCGAGGUUGUGCUGUUGUAAAAAUAAUAGUUGUUAUAUCUGUUGUGAUUUUUUUGCUAUUUCUUAAAAAAAUUUGACCCAAUCCUUGUCCCAAUACACGAUAUACGUAAGUUACUGAACCUAGAUGUGUUAUUCUCACAACACGGCUAGUGUUAUAUCAGUACACAUCAAGUAUACAGAAUGUCGCAAAGUCUCAGGUGGUUUUUUGGCUGAACCCAGCAUACCAAUAGAAAAUUUAUAUCAUACAUUGCAUUAUUUAUCCACAUAGACUGUGCUGUAUUCUUGCCACGGAGGACGAUCGACAAAUCCGGAAACACUUUGCAUUUCUGCUAGUACCAAGUUUGCGCGUAGACAUCGGCUGUAGGUAAUUAGCUUCUUUAAAUGUUAUUUUGUUAUUUGUAUUAUAAGAUUUGUAAACCGACGUUCGGUCGUUGUCUUCGCGCAACUUUCCCGAACCCUUUCGGCCGCCGAGUUGGUAUACGAGUUUGGUAAUGUUAUAGUCAUUAAUAAAUUUAUAUUUAAUAGUUUAAUAUGUACGAGAGGGUCCACCGUCGCAGAAGUCGCAAAGUGUCCCGUCGUUUACUAUUUUUGUUGAUUCGUCGUUAAUACCAGCGUAAACGGCGACGUCGAUCGUCUGCUCGGACGCGAACAAGGCAACGCCGGCCCAACUCUUGUAUACCAUUUACUUAUGAGACAUUAUAGUUUUUGAAUAUUUAUUGCAAAAUAUUGCCUGUGCUGUUAAAAGUAUACUAUCCGACGGCCUUAUUCGCGUAAUGUGGGCUUAAAUCGAUACAUAUCUCCAGUUCGGGCGUUGUAGUGCAAUUUGUUAUUUAAGUUGAUUGUUGAUAAGCGUAGUGCAUGUUAAUUUAAUACACGAACGCUAUCCGUUUUUUAUUAAGCUCCGAACUGGCGAGUUGGCUCGAUUUCUUAAUUUCGUUUCGAUCACUGGCCUUCUGCAAGAGUUUUAAAUACCUCCAGUAAUAAAUAUUGGCUGUUCGUUUUAAGUGAUUUCCAUCAUUGUUCGCCUUAUCCAAUGUAUACGAAAAACUAAAUCAAUACAGAUCAAUGAGAAUAUCGUACCUCUGUGUUAUGUAUGAGAGGAGACUUUAUUGUGUUCUGCUUUUUAAUGAAAGUAUAUAAUAUAUAUAAUAAUAAUAAUAAUAAAUGAUCAUGGGACGAGAUACCUCUACACUAAUUUGGUAACGCUGUGUCCUCUGUAUAGUGUUUUUUUGAAACGUGAGCAUUAAAUGCUACAUCUUGUGUACUUAUA